AUGACUCGAAGUUUACCAACGGGAUCAUAUACAUUCUUCAUCCAACUGUAUACGAUUGUGAAUGAUCGUUCAUCGGAUCAAAUCAUCUCGUGGAGCAAAAACUGCAACAACAACAGCAGUUUCGUGGUUCGUGAGGUCGACGAGUUUCGCAGAAGAGUUCUGCCCGAAUCCGCCGAGUUUGGUCGGAAUUUCUCAGAGUUUGUGUCGGAGCUACUUUAUCAUCGGUUUGAAAGUAUCGGGAGAUUCGAGUUUGUGCAUGAGAAUUUCGUGAGAGGUCGACCUGAGCUUUUGAGGAAGAUGGUGCCGAGGAAAGCUUGGAACGAGAAAUUUGCUGAGAGACUUAAAGUGAAGAGAGCUAAAGCCAAAGCAAGGAAAGCUAGAUCCAAAGUUGUGCAUCUCUUGCAAGAUUUACAAAUCUGA